AUGCCGCGGCUCGGCGGGAGCAGGGCGGCGGCGGCGGCGCGCCUCGUCCCGGCCGCCGCCGCCGUCCUCCUGGGCGCCGUGUGCCUCCCCGCGGCGCUGGCCUCCUCCCUGCUCACAGGAUCUGUUGCAAAAUGUGAAAAUGAAGGGGAAGUUCUACAGAUACCAUUCAUCACAGACAACCCUUGUAUAAUGUGCAUUUGCCUGAAUAAGGAGGUGACAUGCAAAAGAGAGAAGUGCCCAAUGCUUUCCAAGGACUGUGCUCUCGUCAUUAAGCAGAGAGGAGCUUGCUGUGAGCGUUGCAAAGAUUGCAGUUUUGAGGGAAUUACGUACAACAGCUCAAUGAAGUGGCACCUCCCGAGCAAUCCCUGUAUUACAUACCAGUGCCAGGAAGGAGUGAUAAUAGAGUCGGAGGUGCAGUGUGUUGUUCAUUGCAAAAACCCUUCCAAGCUCAUAGGAAUGUGUUGCCCUGUGUGUCCAGGUUGUGUAUUUGAAGGGAGACAUUACAAUGAAGGAGAAGAAUUUCAGCCUGAAGGAAACAAAUGCACCAAGUGUUCUUGUAUUGGAGGCAGGACACACUGCAUCCGAGAAGUCUGCCCUAUUCUCUCCUGUCCCCAGCAUCUCAGUCACAUUCCUGCCGGACAAUGUUGCCCCAAAUGUUUAGGACAGAGGAAAGUGUUUGACCUCCCGUUUGGAAGCUGCCUCUUUCACAGCAACGUGUAUGAUAAUGGGUCCUCAUUUAUUUAUGACAAUUGCACAAUGUGUACAUGCAAGGAUUCAACAGUGAUAUGUAAGAAGAGAUGCUUACUUCCUGGAGAAUGCAAUAAAAACAAAGACCAGUGCUGUAAGGAGUGUGUCUCAUAUAUCUCUCCUGAGGAAGUGAAAGUGUGCAAGUUCGGCAAUAAGAUAUUCCAGGAUGGUGAGAUGUGGUCCUCUGUUAACUGUACCAUCUGUGCUUGUGUGAAAGGCAAGACGGAGUGUCGCAAGAAACAGUGCAUUCCAGUCAGCAGCUGUCCUAAUGGUAAAAUCCUGAACAGAAAAGGAUGCUGUCCUAUUUGCACUGAAAAGCCUGGAGUUUGCACUGUAUUUGGAGAUCCUCACUACAACACUUUUGAUGGACGGACAUUUAACUUUCAGGGAACAUGUCAGUACGUUUUGACGAAAGACUGCUCCUCCUCUGCCUCGCCCUUCCAGGUGCUGGUAAAAAACGAUGCCCGUCGGACCCGUUCUUUCUCCUGGACAAAAUCUGUGGACCUUGUGUUGGGCAGAAGCACUAUCAGCCUCCAGCAGCACCUCACAGUGAAGUGGAAUGGGACCCGCAUCUCACUGCCUUGCGAGACACCACAAUUUCAGAUCGAUUUGGAUGGUUAUUUGCUGAAAGUGACAACCAAAGCAGGCUUGGAAAUCUCAUGGGAUGGAGACAGUUUUGUGGAAGUCAUGGCUGCACCACACCUGAAGGGCAAACUCUGUGGUCUCUGCGGCAAUUACAACGGGCACAAGCGAGAUGACCUGAUUGGGGGGGAUGGGAACUUUAAGUUCGAUGUGGAUGACUUUGCUGAGUCCUGGCGCGUGGAGUCCAAUGAGUUCUGCAGUCGCCCACAAAGGAAACCUGUGCCUGAGCUCUGUCAUGGGACAGUGAGGGUGAAACUCCGGGCUCACCGGGAAUGCCAGAAACUCAAAGCCUGGGAGUUUCAGAGCUGUCACUCGACAGUGGACUAUACCACUUUUUAUCGGUCCUGCGUGACAGACAUGUGCGAGUGUCCAGUUCAUAAAAACUGCUACUGCGAGUCAUUCCUGGCCUAUGCCCGAGCCUGUCAGAGGGAAGGCUUGAAAGUCCAGUGGAUCCCUGAGCAAAACUGUGCAGCAACCCAGUGUAAACACGGUGCGGUUUAUGAUACCUGUGGUCCUGGAUGUGUCAAAACAUGUGACAACUGGAAUGAGAUUGGCCCAUGCAACAAGCCCUGCAUUGCAGGGUGCCACUGUCCGGCAAAUUUAGUUCUUCACAAAGGAAGAUGCAUCAAGCCAGUCCUAUGUCCACAGCGAUGACACUAGUUCUCUCUCCAUGGACACUAAUGUGGGCGUCACUGACACCUUUGAAGCUCACAGCUCGUG